AUGUCGCACAAUGAUGCCUAUGUAAAUGCCAUUGAGCGAGCCAAAAUGGUUGUAUCUAAGUUUAAUCAAGAUGAUAGUCAUUCCAAUGGCUCUUAUAACGUCGGAAAGCGAUCGGCUGACUCUAUGGGUGGAUACGCUCCGCCUGAAAAGAUGAUCCGCAAUGACAAAGGAAUCGCAGCCGCACAGGAAGCAGCUGCAAGAUUAAAUCAAAAGCUCGGGGCUUCAGGUGCACCUUCUUAUCAACAGGGGUCAUCUGAUCGCUUAAUAACCACUGAGACAUCCAUUCCUGACCGUUAUGUUGGCUUAGUAAUAGGCAAAAAAGGCGAACAGAUAACGUCCUUGCAAAAUGAAUCCAAUUGCAAAGUACAGAUUGCUCAGGAAAGCAAUGGUAGGGAUCGGGUUGUAACCCUCACUGGAACUCAGCAGCAAGUUGCUCAUGCUAAGAGGUUAAUUGAUGAUAUUAUUGGGCGCGCUGAGAAAUCUGGUGUGAGUGGUGGACAACAGUCACCUCCAAACUACUCCCAACAGCCGCCUCAGCAACAUCAGCAGCAAUAUAUGCCACAACAAAACGUUUACGCCCCUAGUGGGCCUGUCACAGUUUACGAAAUGAUGAUUCCUGGAACCAAGGCUGGUUUGGUUAUCGGAAAAAAUGGUGAGACUAUCAAGCAACUCCAGGAAGAAAAUGGUGUCAAGAUGGUGCUUAUUCAGGCAACUAAUGCUCCAACACAAGAAGAUAAGCCACUCCGUAUUACUGGUGAUCCUGCANGAAUCGAAAAGGUUAAGCAGCUUGUCUUGGAGAUUAUAUCGCGUGGACGCGCUGGAAAUUUGUCAGAGAAUGCAGAAACCACGCGUUAUGCUGUUCCCGCAGAAAAGGCUGGUCUAGUUAUCGGUAAAGGCGGGGAAUCAAUCAAGGAAAUAUGUCGAGUCAGUGGCGCUCAUGUUGAAAUCUCCAAAGAGCCUCCGCCAGAUGAAUCUAUCAAGAUUUUCAACAUUCGUGGCAAUAAUUCCGAAAUUGAGACUGCUAUCAGGAUGAUUUCUGAACGCGCGGGAAUUCCAAUCUCUCGCCGUAGCACACCAGCUGCUGCAAGCGUUUGGGGUCAACUUGGUUACGGCGCUUCAGACUGGGGAUCGAAUAUGCCUGCCCCCACGGUCAAUCCCCACACAGGACAGCCGGACUACAGUGCUGCGUGGAUAGAGUACUAUCGGCGACAGGGUAUGCAUGAGUACGCUGAUAUGAUUGCACGCCAAGCGCAGCAACAAUAUCAAGUACCUUAUCAGAGCGCUGCAGGCGCUACUAAUGUUUCACAAACUUCACAAUCCGGUUCUGCUCCUCCUCCCCCUACAGGUGUUGCUGCACCUGGUCAACAACCGGGACAACAGGCUGCUGCUCCUGGUGGACAACCUCAACAUCCAUCGGCCGCGGCUUCAACUGCUGCUCCUGGCCAACAGCCCCAACAACCUGGAUAUCCUACUGAUCCUGCACAACAGGUAAUUGUUUACUGGUUCACGUUACUCAGUUAUGGUGAUGAGACUCGUAUUAGCUGUUCAAUUCAGCUCGCGUUUGUCCAGAUCAAUCUUAAUUAA